GUUUUUCUUUCGCAGAUCAGCCUUUUGAACGCUGAGAUCUCUGAGUUCGGCCGCUGAACGGACCUCCCUUGUACCUCAUCUCUAAGGGCAAGGACGUGCCGCUGACAGUUCGAGGUUCCCGGCUGCUCUCCUUCCGGACGAUAGAUCCGACUUCUCCCACCCAUCCGAGCGGUCCUGCCCUGCUCCAGGACCCGGGCGGGAUGGCGACAAGAGUGCCGCCCGCCCAUCCUCCACCGGGAGAUCCUCCCGACUCGGCCAUGCAGCCACUCUCGCAACCGGAGGACUCCCAGUCAGCCCCUCGCGCUCGUCACCUCGUGCUCGUCACUCGUCACCAGUCCUUCCUUUCUGCCUGGGCCUCCCACGGCGUGGAUGACUCCCGCGCGCAGACCUUCCACGUGGCGUUCAUGAUGAUUCGGUGGUCGGAAGGAGUGGAAGCGGCGCGCACGGCGCUCGACAACCUCACCCGGCAGGCAUUCGGCGACCCCGCCAUGCGGGAGGCGGUGAAGGCGGCCUACUCGCCGCUACUGAUCGGCAUCGCCGAGUCGCUCGAGUACUCAUCCGACCCCGGGUCGUCGCCGAAGCGGAAACGGCGGUGCCAACGGGGCAAGAGGGGUCGCCCGAUCCGGUCGGGGGGCGACUUCGACGCGUCCUAGGGCUUUCCAGGGCGCCGGCCGCCCAAUCAGCGGCGGCGGUGCCCUCCUACCCCGCCGCCACCGCCACCGCCACACCCUCAGCAGGGGAGUCAUCGGACGAGUCCCUCGACGAGUCGCCGGUGGAGGCCGCCCCUCUGGAACGCCUGCCCACCCCCAGCGCCCUCUUCCGCGACCAAUGGAGACAGCGGGAACGCCUCCGGAAGCGCUUCGGCUCUCCUUCCCCCCCACCGGACCUCCGCCGGCCGCUCACCCGCGGCUCGAACGGCUCCCGCACUGCCCUCUCCCGCCGCGCAUCCGGUCCUGCCGGGAGUCCUCACCCGCGCCCAUCCCGUCGCUCCCAGUCUCGUCCUCCGGGCACACCUGCGCAAACUACAGCCCAACUCGACAGCGGCCAGCGCAGCGGAGCCGGCGGCGGCAGGGGGCUCGUUCACCGGCCACGGCCCUGCUGCGGCAGCCGCUGGACCGGCCAACGCGGCUAGUGCCGGAUCUGGGCACGCAGGGACGUCCGAUGGCAACGACGGGGAUGCGGACAUGGACGGAGGGGGGGACGGGGACGAGGAUGAGGACGAGAACGGCAGCCGGUACCCCCUGCCUGUGGCCGCCCUCCACCAGCUCGCGACUUGAGACAUCAGCCCAUUCAUGCAAGGGCAGAUCCCCACGAUCAACAAAUGGGUCGCCCGUCGGGAGUUCGCUAUUCGCGCCGCCCGCGCCAACGCGGUGAGAUGCGCUGACGAGGAGCUAUUGGUGCCUGCCUACACGCUGCUGUGCAUUCUCCCUGUUGCGGAAUGUAUACGCUCACAGCUGGACAGAGGCGCCUGUACAGGGAGCACAUGUAGGCCCGUCGCCUAAGAUGAUCCAUAGAUCCGCCCAAUCAGCGUUAGGGCGAUCACUGCUUCACGUGUAAAAGACUCUUGCGUGUUCCGUGAAGGCU